UCGCUCGCCGCAUACGCGCUCUACAGCGCAAACAGAUACAGCCUGCCGAUUCCCAACGCAGUAUGCGCAUUAGCGAUGGCCCUGCCGCCACUGGCGGGCGUAGCACUAGAGGCUGUACUCUCACUCAACGACAGCUUAGCACGGAAGGGCCAGGUGCAGGCAUCGCGAGUUUUUCAAGUCGUCGUGGCCGCUUUUCUCAUAUUUGAAUCCGUCUUGGCUACGCUGGCUGGCACGCAUUACUCGCCGCCGGGGAGUUUGAACUGUGCGCUGGGCGAGAGAUGGAUGCGGUUGUUUGAUGGCAGGGAGGUGGAGGAUAUACGGCGGAUUCAGGAUGCGUUCUCGUGCUGUGGUUUGAAGAAUCCACAGGACAUGUCAUGGCCGUUUCCGGACGCGAAUCACGGGGCGAAUGCAUGUCAAAUGAGGUUUCAAAGGGACAAUCGGUGCUUGGAGCCGUGGAGGGAGGAGGAGAGAAAGGUGGCGAUUAUGCUAAUGGUGGUGCCGAUUGGGGUCUUCAUUUGGAAGAUUGCCAUUCUCCUCGCGCCAUCCUCGCAGUCAUCCUGGCUACCUUCACAGAUCACGCUUCCGGAAGGCAGCGAGCAUGGCGACACUCCGAGCGCAGGAAGUUCACGGGCAGCAUUCCGACCGCACGGUGUCCAAGGACUGGAGGGCAACGAAGCAAGGGAAGACAGUUUGUACCGGACGGUGACGGAUCUGAACAACGACUCGCAACUUGCGUCGCGGGUCGAGUCGCAAAGGACGAAGUCGGCGGGUUUGCUGGACGAGCCUAACUUUUGGUCGGAGAGACGCGAGGGGUGA